AUGGAUGCUGUUCCAUCGAGUGAUCGACGUUGCAAAGUUUCAGUAUUUUUCAAAGAACUUUUCUAUGGUUUUGUAACCGAAUAUGAAACACCGAAAAUCGUUGCAAUACAUAGUUAUACUAUGACAAUAUUACUUCGUAUACUGCAAAUAGUUCUACUACUCUACUCGAUAUUCUAUCUAUUUCUCAAUGAGAAGGGUUACCAAAAACAAGAUUCAUCUAUUAUUUCGUCCGUGACACUCAAGGUUAAAGGGAUCGGUCAUAGUCGUACAGCAAACAAUGAAACAUUUACCUUCGAUGGAUCAGAUUAUAUUGUACCACCAUCAGAAAAUAAUGCUAUAUUCAUAAUGACAAAUUUCAUUCAAACUGAUCAAGUUCGAACUAAAUGUCGCGAAAGUCCGUCAGUUUCUGAAGCAAUUUGCACAAAACAUAGUGAUUGCCAAAAUAAGCCUUACAACCCAAAUAUCAACGGUCGGUGGACAGGUCGUUGUAUAAUGAGACCAAAAGUAAAUCAGUUCAAUGCAGAGAACACAACAAAAAACCAAACGACAGGCUUAUGUGAACUUCAAGGUUGGUGUCCUGUACAAGAUGAUCGUCAAGUGGCAACAUUUAUCGAAGAAGUUGGAAAUUUUACAAUAUUCAUAAAAAAUUUUAUAGAAUUUCCUGCAUUUCAUGUUAAACAUAAGAAUAUGGUCGAACAUUUAAAACCAUGUAUAUUUCAUCCAGUUGAAGAGAAAGAUUGUCCGAUAUUUCGCCUUGAUUACAUAUUAAACGAAGCUGAAAAAGACGAUCAUGAACGUGGAUUAAUGUUACGUUUAGGUGGUGUUAUACGUGUAAAAAUCGACUGGGAUUGUAAUUUAGAUCGUAGUAUAAAAUUAUGUAAACCAGUAUAUUCAUUCGCACGUCUGGAUACGAAAUUUCAAGAAGAAAAAUUUUCACUUGGUUUUAAUUUUCGUUUUUCAUCAAAUUGGAAAUAUAAUAGAAGAUAUUUACGUGCGUUAACGAAAGCGUACGGUCUUCGUUUGAUUAUUUGUGUUAGUGGUAAAGCUGGCAAAUUUGAUUUUAUUACAUUAACAUUAAAUACUGGUUCAUUAAUUGGUAUUUUUGGUAUGGCAACAUUCUUUUGUGAUAUUAUUCUUCUCAAUUUGACAAAAAAAGCUUCGCUCUAUAGAGAUUUUGUUUAUCAACGUGUAAAUAUUGAUGCGUCACGUAGUAAUAGUGUUUCUCAACGAAUUCAAAACCGUAAUGAAAAUGUGGGAGCUAUCUUUGAAAAUCCGCUUACAAAUGAAGAAAAAUUUUCGUUACCUAUUUGGACAUCUGAAACUUUCGUCAGUUUUGCAGAUAAAAGAUGUACAACGUCUACGUACGAUUUUGUUAAUUCAACUGACUCAUCAAGAAGACAACCAAGCUUAGGUCUUACUAAUAUAUUGAAAUGA